AUGAAGCUCCUGGUUGUCUUCACCUCAUUGGUCGUGGCGGUGGCCAGUGAGACAGGCUAUGGUAGCGGCGCGCCCUCCGGCUCUGGCUUCACUCAUGGCGGCUCUGGCGGAGGAUUCGGCGGAGGAGGCGGCUUCGGAGGCGGCUUCGGAGGAGGCUCCGGUGGUGGUGGAGGCUAUGGUGGAGGAGGAGGCUCCAGCGGAGGAGGAGGCUAUGGCGGAGGAUCAUCCUGCGGGGCUGGUCAGGUGCGUCACGUGGACGGCAGCUGCGUCACGCCGAAGGUGACGCGCAACCUGUACGUGUACCGAGCCCCCGAGCUGGCGCCCAUCACGGGCCCGGCCCCCUAUGUGCCAGCGCCCCGUGUGGAGCACAACGUCAUCUUCAUCCACUCACCGGACAGCCUCACGGGACAGAAGCCCAUCGUGGUGCCGCCACCACAGCAGAAGAACGUUGUGUACCUGCUCAGCAAGCGGCCUCAGGAUGACCAGCAGGUGAUCGAAGUACCCGCCCCCGAGCAGCAGGCGCCGGAGAUCUUCUUCGUCAACUACGCCGAGGGAGAAAACCCGUCUCUGCCCACCGGCGGCGACCUGCAGUCCGCCCUCAGCAAGGCUUCCCAGGGCAGCGGCGAACUCGUCAGCGGUGGUGGCGGGUUCGGUGGCGGCGUCGGCGGUGGAAUUGGCGGUGGUAUCGGCGGCGGUGCAGGAGGUUACGGCGGCAGCGGCGGUAUCGGAGGUGGUAUCGGUGGCGGCAUUGGCGGUGGUAUCGGCGGCGGCAUUGGCGGUGGCAUCGGUGGCGGUGCAGGAGGUUACGGCGGCAGCGGCGGUAUCGGAGGUGGCAUCGGGGGCGGUAUCGGCGGCGGCAUCGGCGGCGGGCAGUACAGCACUCCCACCGCGUCUCCCCCAUCAGGUGUUUACUCUCAGCCCUGAGGCGUGUGGGGCAGCUCGCGGGGCCCCCUGGCGACACGCUCUCGUCCCCACCUUAGGCGUCACUCCUGUUAGAUUGUUGUUGUUGUUGCCGCGCCGCCCGUGGCUCCGGUCACUGGCGGCGCGCUGGCACAGAAAUAAAGUUGAGACAAGAC